AUGCAUACAGCCGGCCAACUCAUCAUUAAUGAUCUUCGGAAGAAUGUAUUCAAUUCAGUUUUGCGCCAGGACAUUGCCUUUUUCGAUAAAAACAAGGUGGGAGAAAUCGUCUCUCGACUGUCAACUGACGCCCUCAUUGUGGGCUAUUCGGUGUCGAUGAACUUGAGCGAUGGUGCAAGGGCUCUGUUGACUUGUUUAGGAUCUGGUGGUCUGAUGAUAUAUACUUCUCCUGCUCUCUGCCAAGUGAUGUUUGUUGUGAUUCCAAUAAUGGUCGGAACAUUCGCCGUUUUUGGUAGGCUGCAACGGAAGUAUACGCUGCAAAUGCAGGAGGCUGUUGCUGGAGCUAACCAGGUGAGCUAG